AUGUCGCGGGAUGGGUGUACACACGGAUGGUCUGGCGCACUCAGCAUCAUUAUUCAAUUUGGAGAAGCGCGUCGCGGGAGGAGGCCCGGCGGGGUAACAGAGCCUAUGCUAUCAAGAGGCCUCCGGUUCAUCCUAGCUGCAAUGAGCGACGGACAUAAUUAUAACUUCUACUCGCCUUAUGGCGCUCCGAAUAGCGGCGGACACCCGGGCCCGGGCGGCUACUCGCAGCAGUAUCCACAGGAGUACGGGCAGUCUGACGCUGGCGACGGCGCGUUCGCUGGUUGGAACGAAGGAAUGGGAACCGCUCAAGCGUAUCAUUACCCUCCGAUCGCCGGUACCGCUUAUCCUCAGCACGGCGUACCUGAUUAUGGACACCACCAGCCUGUGGCCAACCAUGUAGGCCAGCCUCAACUUCCUCAACCAGGCCACCGCCAAUCACGCUACUCGUCGCUUGCCGGCGCUAUGGGGCCUACUCCACCCUCAAUACCAUCAACGAGCUCCCCGCAAGGCCCUCCCACCGGUAGUCAGACCCAUGCGAAAGAAAUCGCCCUCGCACCGGCCGAUCCCGGAGACUAUCCCUUCAAUGCGUCAACCAGUGCAUCGAAAGUCUGUACCCGCUGUGGCACGCGCACGACACCGCUCUGGCGCCGCCACCCGCAGACCGACAAGCCCGUCUGCAACGCCUGCGGGCUCUACUUUAUCAACAAGCAACGCGACCGGCCGGCGGACCGCUGGGAGCCGCCCGCGCCGUCGAUGUCCGGAGCCGGGCCGGUGUGUGCGAACUGUGGGACGACUGUGGCGAGCGCGUGGCGGCGCGACAAGAAGGGCGCGCAGGUUUGUAAUGCGUGUGGGGUAUAUGAGCGUGCGCGGGGUGUCCCCCGUCCGGUCGAUUUCCGCACAGAUGUUGUCAAGACACGCCCUAAGGAUUAG